UCCUAUCCCUCUCCCUCGCCAAAUUCACCCCAAUCCUUCACUAUCUCAAGCCCAAUCUCCUCUGGAGCCCGGGCAGAGCCCAGCCCAGCUCGGCCCAUUUACGCCCGCCAUGUGUUCUGUGGAUGGCCCCUUUCCUCUCCCCGGCGGCUACAGCUCUGAGGCCUGGUCCUACAUAACCUCCCUCUCCUCCUUCACCAAAACCCACAACUUUUCCCUCAAAAUCCUCCCUCACGGAGAUUCGAACUCCUUCGAGUUCUUCAAUGGCCUCCCCGAAAAAUCGAAAAACUUGGCCUACGAGCUUUACAAUGCCGACUGUGAGCUGAGUGAGUCUAUUGUGGUUUGUCACAGUGAGCCUGGAGCUUGGUUUCCUCCUCUGUUUCAGACUCUGCCAUGUCCACCUACAGGGUAUCAAGAGCCAUUGUUCGUCGUGGGAAGAACUAUGUUUGAGACCGAUCGGAUUAAUCCGAACCAUGUCGAGAGAUGCAACCGAAUGGAUAAGAUUUGGGUGCCGUCAGAGUUUCAUGUGUCAAUGUUUGUUGACAAUGGAGUCGAUGAAUCUAAGGUUGCGAAGCUCGUUCAGCCUGUCGAUGUUGAGUUCUUCGAUCCGUCGAAGUAUCAAGCGUUUGCUCUUGAGUCAAUAAAGCCAGUGGUAGGCUCGAGGUGCGGCGACAAUAAGGAUUUUGUUUUCCUCAGCGUUUUCAAAUGGGAGCAGAGAAAAGGAUGGGAUGUGCUACUAAAAGCAUUUCUUUCAGAAUUUUCGAGGUCUGAUUGUGUGUCUUUGUACUUGUUGGUUAGUGCAUACCACUCCGAUACGAAAUUUGGCGCCAAGAUUUCGAAUUUUGUCAAACAAACCGGUUUAGUACCCCCGGCUGACGGGUGGGCCGGGGUCCACGUCAUCAAUGUACACGUUGCGCAAUCUGAUUUGCCGAGACUGUACAAGGCGGCGGAUGCCUUCGUGCUUCCGACGAGGGGAGAAGGAUGGGGGAGGCCGAUAGUGGAGGCGAUGGCGAUGGCGUUGCCUGUAAUUGCGACGAACUGGUCGGGGCCCACGGAGUACUUGACGGAGGAGAAUGGGUACCCGUUGCCCAUCGACGAGAUGAGUGAGGUUUCGGAUGGGCCGUUUGUGGGCCACAAAUGGGCCGAGCCAUCGAGUGAGAGGUUGAGGGUUUUGAUGAGGAGGGUUGUGAGUGAUAGGGAGGAGGGGAGGAGACGAGGGAGGAGGGCGAGGGAGGAUAUGAUGAAGAGGUUUUCGCCAGAGGUUGUGGGGAGAAUUCUUGCCGAUGAGAUUUUGGGUAUAGUUAGGAUGCUUGGUUGAAGGAAGUGGAUUGAAGAUGAAGUAUUGAUUUGCUUGUUCUCGUUUGGCUCGUAGAGUUUUGAGGUAGUGUUACUAUAGGAUUGAUGCAAGUGAGUUUUAACUGAAUUUGGAUGCAGAUGUGGGUGAAAUUUCUGUGUUGUAUGCUCUGUUUGUAAUCGAAUUCUGGCUGAUUCAGAUGAAACAUGCACUGAACAACUUUAUAGAACUUUCAAAAUUCUUCUUUUAUUUGGAAUUUUGCAGCAACACUAAUUUUGC